ACGGUACUCGUUGUCGUCAUCGUCGUCGUUGGGCUGCUUGUUGGACCGUGUCGUACGUCGCGUCGCCUCGGCAUUCUCAUUUAAUGCGGCCAAGUCCCGCACGAUUCCGUAUAGUUGCGUUGCAUAGUACGAAUCGCCCAACGCCGUUGAAGCCGACGUCGGCGUUUCGCCUCCUUCCUUUUCUCGGGGUCUCUUUUGAUGCAGGUAGGCCGGGAUGUCGCACCUUCCUUAUCUGCACCGCCUUUCGCCAGCAAACGCGGAGGUAUUCGUAAUGCUCCUUUCAAGAAUCCUGUUAUCUGAAAUAUGCGAGAGUCGCAUUACAUCCGAUAAAAAACGAAACGAACGUAUUUCUACGGGAGCGUCACGAAUUCCCCGAAGAUGCAUAGUCGAAGGAACGGUAAUCCACGAUAUUUACGUUUAACAAGACACGAGUUUCUUAAUUAUGUGAAUUUUGAUCAUUUGUCCUUUUAUUUAAAAAUAUAGAAUCGAUAGAUUUACACUUUUAGUUAAAAAUAGAUGAGAUGAAAGAGAUAUUGAAAAGGUCACGGAAGAUGCAGCACUGUAUUAGAAAAGUUCAUUUUCCAGACUUAAAUAGCAGCUAACCUUAUGAUACUUGAGAUGAAUCCAAUUAUGUAUUAACACUAUUUAUAGUUGCCCAUAGAAGAGGAUUGAAUAAAAUACAUGCACGAUGUUUUUAAAUCGUGAAAUAAUUAUUAGAAAAGGCUUUAAAAAUGAAUUUGUGAAUGAGUUUAACUUUCUGUGUACAGAUGUCUAUUCGAUUUUAUUGUUAAUACAAAUUAAUAAUAUGGAAAGUUUCAUGAAUAUUUUAUAUCUGUAAGCUUUGCGUUAUAACUUUGAUCUAGUUUACACCAUACAUUUAGUCCACAACCUACACUAUAUUCGACCCAAACACGAUAGGUCACAACAAUGUAAACACUCGCGAACUUGUUUGGGUCAAGCCACUUUUUCACGAUCCUUGAUCCAUCUUAGGCCAUACAACAUAAUGCGUGUAAACAGAGAUGUACUAAAGUGGUAUAUUAUAAAGCUGUAUAAGUGUACCCGCAAAUGCUAAUAGAUGGACCUGCUUUAUAGCGUUCACAUAUAAACUACUUACUGCAUUACUCCAAACUCAUGUAUAGGUCUACACGGUGUAAACAAUUUGUUACUAGCCUACCAUAGGUUGGGGUAUAGGUCAGGUCGCGCAGUGUAAACUAGCUUUUUAUAUAUUGGAAUCUUUUUAUUGUAGAUUAAACAUUGACAAAAUAAAUAUGUCUGACCACUUUGGGCCAAUUACGUUGAAAUGGGAUCCCAAAAACUUGGAGAUACGGACUAUGUCCGUGGAGAAAACAUUGGAGCCGCUGGUGCUUCAAGUCACCACCCUGGUGAACACAAAGGGUCCCAGCAAGAAGAAGAAGGGAAAGUCAAAGAGGGCUAGCGCACUUGUCGGAACUGUGGAAAAGGCAACCACCAAUUUUAUUGAGAAGGGUGAGAAGAUCGCCUAUGAAAAUCCAGAUAUCACAGCUGAGAUGCUGAGUGCUGUAGAGGAAGUAAGAAAAACAGGAGCAGCAAUGAGCAUUGCUGCCAGAGAAUUUUCCGAGGAUCCAUGCUCAUCCUUGAAACGAGGCAACAUGGUGCGAGCCGCGAGAAAUUUGUUGUCGGCGGUCACACGAUUGCUCAUUCUCGCAGACAUGGUGGACGUUCAUCUUCUCUUGAAAUCGCUUUACGUCGUGGAGGACGAUCUGAAGAAGCUGAAGAACGCCUCCUCCCAGGGAGAGUUGAUCCAGAAUAUCAAGGAAUUUGGUAGAAACGCUGCCGAAUUGAUUCACCAGGCGGCGAAGCGUCAGCAGGAGCUGAAGGAUCCACAACUCAGAGACGAUCUGGCAGCUGCCCGUGCCGUCCUCAAGAAGCACUCUACUAUGUUGCUCACUGCGUCAAAAGUGUUUGUGCAGCAUCCCGACCUGGCGGCGGCCAAAGCGAAUCGCGAUUACGUGCUGAAGCAGGUGUGCGAGGCCGUGAACACGAUAAACGACGUGGCUCAAGGGAAAACGCCGCCCGAUAGUCAGCAUCCUUACGAUGGCCCCGGCGAACUGGCCGCCGCGCUGGAUGACUUUGAUGAGAGAAUGGUGAUGUCACCACUCGCCUACAACGAGGUCCGUACGCGACCAAGCCUUGAGGAGAGAUUGGAGAGUAUUAUCAGCGGCGCGGCAUUGAUGGCUGAUUCAUCGUGUACUCGUGACGAGCGUAGAGAGCGAAUUGUCGCGGAAUGUAAUGCUGUCAGACAGGCGCUUCAGGAUCUUCUGAGUGAAUACAUGAACAACAUGGGUGUUAAGGAACAAUCUGAGGGCUUGGAGAGAGCGAUAGAUCACAUGUGCAGAAAGACCCGUGAUCUUCGCAGACAGUUGCGCAAAGCUGUGGUGGAUCACGUGUCGGACAGUUUCUUAGAAACAAGCGCACCGUUACAGGCUUUGUACGAAGCUGCGGAAAAAGGUUGGGUCAAGGAGGUGGAAGAGUAUGCGAUUAUUUUCACGGAGCACGCAAAUAAACUAGUGGAGGUGGCCAAUUUGGUAUGCAGUAUGUCCAACAAUGAGGAUGGCGUAAAAAUGGUUCGUUACGCUGCGGCGCAAAUCGAGAACUUGUGUCCGCAGGUGAUAAACGCUGCGCGCGUGUGGGCCGCUCGAAAUACGGAGGUUGCGAAGGAAAACAUGAAGGUAUUCCGUCAGGCUUGGGAGAAUCAAAUGCGUGUCUUGACGGAGGCCGUGGACGACAUUACUACGAUCGAUGAUUUUUUGGCCGUCUCUGAGAAUCAUAUUUUGGACGACGUCAACAAGUGCGUUUUGGCGUUGCAAGUGCGUCCCGGUGACGCCGAUACCCUAGACAGACACGCGGGUGCGAUACUCGGCCGUUCUGCUAGGGUAUGCAAUGUUGUGCAGGCCGAGAUGGAUAACUACGAGCCGUGUAUUUACACCAAGCGAGUUCUCGAAGCGGUAAAGGUUCUCAGGAAGCAAGUGAUGCCAAACUUCGAACAACGAGUAGAAGAAGCUGUAAAUGCGCUGCGAAGUAAUCCGGCACAAGAAGUGGAUGAGAACGAUUUCAUUGACGCGUCCAGACUUGUAUACGAUGGAGUUCGCGAGAUUAGGCGUGCUGUGCUUAUGAAUAGAGCGGAUGAAGACUUAGACCCUGAGGAUGUGGAAUUGGAUGAACAUUACACGCUAGAAACACGUAGCAAGUCUAGUGCUCAAACCGGAGAACACGGGGUGGACGAGUAUCCAGAGAUCAGUGGCAUCACGACUGCUCGCGAGGCGAUGAGAAAAAUGCCAGAAGAAGACAAGCAAAAGAUUUUGCAGCAGGUGGAAUACUUUAGAAGUGAAAAGCUCAAGUUUGACAAAGAGGUAGCGAAAUGGGACGACGCUGGCAAUGACAUCAUCGUUCUCGCUAAACACAUGUGUAUGAUAAUGAUGGAGAUGACGGACUUUACUCGUGGUCGAGGUCCUCUAAAGACGACUAUGGACGUUAUAAAUGCGGCAAAAAAGAUCUCGGAAGCUGGCACGAAAUUGGACAAGUUAACCAGACAAAUCGCUGAUCAGUGCCCAGAAAGUUCCACCAAGAAGGAUCUCCUUGCAUACUUGCAACGCAUAGCGCUCUAUUGCCAUCAGAUGAAUAUUACGAGUAAAGUGAAAGCGGAUGUACAGAAUAUUAGUGGCGAGCUGAUUGUUUCUGGCCUAGAUAGCGCAACCUCCCUGAUACAGGCUGCUAAAAACUUGAUGAACGCUGUUGUGCUUACCGUCAAGGCUUCCUAUGUCGCAUCAACGAAAUAUCCACGACAAUCUACAGUAACGUAUUCUCCUAUUGUCAUAUGGAAGAUGAAAGCCCCGGAGAAGAAACCAUUGGUGCGUCCCGAGAGACCCGAGGAAGUAAGAGCGAAAGUGCGUAAAGGUUCACAGAAGAAAGUGCAAAAUCCUAUACAUGCACUCUCAGAAUUUCAGAGCCCUACCGAGAGCGUUUAAGCUUUCUAAAUGUAAGUAAACGGUAAUAGAGGAAUAAUAUAUUGUCAUGUCUCUGUGUCCUGCUGCAAUAUUUGUAAUUUGCUUUGCUUAAGGGAUCCUAAAGUCGUCUGUUUUACUGACAUUUUUUCAUGAAACUAAUCUUUUAAUUGGCUUUAUAGAAUCGUAAAACUCUUUUAUAAAAUUAAAGUACGCAUCAAGAUCUAGGGGAAUACGGUCGAUUUAAUAUCAAAAACGAAAAAAAUUCAUUUUUGGUACAUAGAGUUGUCAAUUGAUGACAAUAUUUGCUUAGUGUAUAAAAUCUACGAUAUAUAUGUACAUAAUGAAACCGUAUUCCUCUAGGGAUAACAUAUACGAAUAAUAUCGUACAAUUCAAACUAAGAUUAAAAGUCUAGAAAAAAGUUUAGUUUCAUGAAUUUUUAUAACUCCAAAUUCAGGUGUAGGUUAGAAAAAGAGCAGUCUGAAAAACAUUUUGUUUAUUCUCGGUAUAAAAUCCAGUUCAUAUGAUGAUAUUAAUACGUAUACUUUAAUUCUGGAAAAGAAUUUCCGAAUCUGUAAAAGAAAUACAUAUGAAAUCUUGUUAAUGGUAUGCACAAAUGACUCUACAUUAUCGACUCCGAUCAAGUUUGAUGGGCACUUUAGGAUCCCCUUAAUCAAUGCAGAGCAAUCACCAUGAAGAAAAGUCAUUUUUAAAACCAUCAAUAAAUAAGGAAAUGUCCGGGAAUGAGUUCUUAAUUUAGAUAUGAAUUUUUUUGUAUUGACUGUCUCUCGUAUUGAUCAGACGCAAUGAAUAUAAGUACUGUAGCAGUACACAGGAACGUAAUGCUCCAAGAUGUAUUGUUAUAUAGCAUCACCUUUCAACAAUUUUAAGACCAAGAUAUUUUAUUUUCGACGAUAUUUAAGAAACGAAGAUUUACUAAUCAUUAUGAAAUGACGUGUAGCUCUGUAUAAGGAGUGGUCGACUUAUAGUUGUUAGGUCCUGGAAGUUUCGAGCAAUCUCGACCUUCAUCCUAUAUGUCUCGGGUUUACGAGAUUGAUUAAAGAGUUGAACAUUGUGAGUAAAGGAGUAUGAGGUGAAUAGUAAUGAUUCAGGAAUCUAUAUUUCAUUUAUCUAUUAAUCAUUAUGCAGUAUACUAUGCAUGAAUAUUUAAAUGUUAGUUAUAUAUAGUUUUUAAUCAUAAUACAAGCGAGUACACAUAAUCUUGAUGAAUAUUCGAUUAAAUUUGGAAAAGAUUUCAGAGGAAGAUUACAAAUUAAAAAAACGAAAGUCUGACAUACAAUAUCUCCAAUUUUACAGGGGCACAAUUAAAGAUAAUAAAAUUAUGUUAUCGAUCAGAUUUGUUUGCGAAUUCAUGCUGCACGAUCAUCUUUAUAUUCGAAACUUUUUACUUUAUAGAAUCCCUAUACCAUUAAAAUUUUUCUAGCUGUAAGAGUGAUACAUAUAUCUUGCUCAAGCAGCAGAUUGCAAAAGUCGCGGUACUUCCUGUCUACUAAUUUUUUUCGAGAACAAGACAUUUCUUAUGGUAAAUUUUUUAAAUAUUAUAUUAUAUUGUGUAUAUUAAUCAUCUUUUUAUUGUGUAUGUAUAUCUUAUCACUAAGAUUUAUUAUUGAUAUUUAUUUCGAACAAUGGGUUAUAAUAUAAUAGAUUGGAAUCCGUUUUUGUAUAUAAAUUUGUCUUUCCGUGAAAAAUCUAUUAUAUUUUUUAAUAGGUUUCAUACGAAUUUCAUACGAAGCUCAUAGAGUCGAUGAACUUAAUGGAUUGACACAGUAUUGUAUCGAAAUAAAGAGACUGCAGAUUAAUUAAAUCUAUUUAGUAUAUUAACUUGUAUAUAAGUAAAUAUAUGCCUAGAUUAUUUUUAAUUUUUGUAUAACGGACAAUUAAAUGAGAAAAGUGUGAAGGAAAGAAAUUUCCCGUUUAGCCCAUAUCGCAACGAUAAUAAAACUUUUGCUAAUGAUUUUACUAUAAAAAU